CGGAGACCAAUGGGAGGCUCUUGCGCGUCUCCGAUCGAUUUUCCAGGUGCGGAGUUCACUCCCGCAGCGGCUGCGGCAGCUCGGACCCGCGGCGCCCUGGAGCCAGGCGCGGAGCCCGGGAGGGAGCUGUACGGAGGGGACCCGACGCCGGCCCGGGCCCGCCACACCGCACCUUCCCAGCCGGCAGUGGGCGACCCUUGGGAUCGGCGUCUCCCGCCCGGGUCUGCGCGGCUCGCCCUCCCUCCUCUUCUCUCCGGCACGCGCGAGAGGCUGAAGACCGAGGUCGGGGCGCACCGGCCCGAGAGGUGGCCUCGGGCUCUGGGCUGCAGCACAGAAGAAAUUAGUUCCUCCGGGAGAUGAAGCCUGAGCAGGAGAAACAGAUUUCAGAUCGUGAAAAGACCCUGUCUAAGCUUUCCUGGCCUGCCCCAGCCUGGGAGCCAGCCAUGAAGCAGAGAUUUGCCUUUGACAACAAUGGCUACGAGGACGGCCUGGACGGCGUGCGCCCCUCUCCCACGGCCACUGGCACCAUCAGCAUCGUGGGCAUGACCUGCCAGUCGUGUGUGAAGUCCAUCGAGGGCAGGGUCUCCAGUCUGAAAGGCGUCGUGAGCGUUAAGGUUUCCCUGGAGCAGGGCAGCGCCACUGUGAGGUACGUGCCGUCGGUCCUGAGCCUGCCUCAGGUUUGCCGUCAGGUUGAGGACAUGGGCUUCCAGGCCAGCGUGGCGGAGGGAAAGGCUGCCUCCUGGCCGUCCAGGUUCUCACCCCCACUGGAGGCCGUGGUCAAGCUUCGGGUGGAGGGCAUGACCUGCCAGUCGUGUGUCAGCUCCAUCGAAGGCGAGAUCGGGAAGCUGCAGGGCGUCGUGAGGGUCCGCGUCUCACUCAGCAACCAGGAGGCGGUCAUCACUUACCAGCCGUACCUUAUCCAACCCCAAGACCUCAAGGACCACGUAAACGACAUGGGGUUUGAAGCCAUCAUCAAGAACAAGGUGGCCCCCGUGAGCCUGGGGCCUAUUGACAUCCGGCGGCUCCAAAGCAUCCACCCAAAGGUCCCGCCAGCUUCCAUGAACCAGAAUGGCAAUAACUCGGAGACCUCGGGGGGCCAGGGGCUCCCCCUGCACCUGAGAGUGGAGGGAAUGCACUGUAAGUCUUGUGUCCUAAACAUCGAAGAAAAUAUUGGCCAGCUCCCAGGGGUUCAGAGUAUUCAAGUGUCCCUGGAGAACAGGACUGCCCAAGUCCACUACGACCCUUCUCGCAUCUCCCCAGGGGCCCUGCAGAGGGCCAUCGAGGCUCUGCCGCCCGGGAACUUUAAAGUCUCUCUUCCGGAUCGAGCAGAAGGGAGUGGGACAGACAGCAGGAGCCCCCCGGCGCCCGGCGCGCUCUGUACCAUGGUGCUGGCCAUCACCGGCAUGACCUGCACAUCCUGCACCCAGUCCAUCGAGGGCCUGGUCUCCCAGAGGGAGGGGGUGCAUCGGAUCUCGGUCUCUUUGGCCGAAGGGACUGGGACAGUUCUCUAUGAUCCAUCUCUAACUCACCCAGAAGAACUCCGAGCGGCAGUGGAGGACAUGGGAUUCGAGGCCUCCGUCCUGGCUGAAAACUGUUCCAGCAGUCACAUUGGGAACCACCGUGCUGGGAACACCACGGGGCACGCGGUGGCUGGCGCACCUGUGUCCAUGCAGGACGUGGCUCCCCAGCCUGGGUGGCUCCCUACAAACCACAACCCCGGCCGCACAUCCAAGUCCCCGCCGGCCUCCUCCACAACCGUGGCCCCGCAGAAGUGCUUUCUGCAGGUCACAGGCAUGACCUGCGCGUCCUGUGUGUCCAACAUAGAGAGGAACCUGCAGAAAGAAGCCGGGAUUCUCUCCGUGCUGGUUGCCCUGAUGGCCAGAAAGGCAGAGGUGAAGUAUAACCCGGAAGUCAUCCAGCCCCUGGAGAUCGUGCAGCUCAUCCAGGACCUGGGCUUCGAGGCAGCGGUGAUGGAGGACUGCACGGGCUCAGACGGCGACCUUGAGCUGAUUAUCACGGGGAUGACCUGCACUUCCUGUGUUCACAACAUUGAGUCCAAACUCACCAGGACAAACGGCAUCACCUACGCCUCUGUGGCUCUCGCCACCAGCAAAGCCCACGUGAAGUUUGAUCCUGAAAUUAUCGGUCCAAGGGAUAUUGUCAAAAUUAUCGAGGAGAUCGGCUUUCAUGCCUCCCCGGCCCAGAGGAACCCCAGCGCUCGUCACUUGGACCACAAGGUGGAAAUAAAGCAGUGGAAGAAGUCUUUCCUGUGCAGCCUGGUGUUUGGCAUCCCUGUCAUGGGUUUAAUGAUCUAUAUGUUGAUACCCAGCCACGAGCCCCACGAGUCUAUGGUCCUGGACCACAACAUCAUCCCAGGACUGUCCAUCCUGAACCUCAUCUUCUUUAUCUUGUGUACCUUUGUCCAGUUCCUCGGCGGCUGGUACUUCUACGUUCAGGCCUGCAAGUCUCUGAGACACAGGGUGGCCAACAUGGAUGUGCUCAUCGUGCUGGCCACCAGCAUCGCCUACGUCUACUCCUUUGUCAUCCUGGUGGUGGCCGUUGCCGAGAAGGCGGAGAGGAGCCCCGUGACCUUCUUCGACACCCCCCCCAUGCUCUUCGUGUUCAUUGCCCUGGGGCGGUGGCUGGAACACGUGGCCAAGAGCAAGACCUCAGAAGCCCUUGCCAAACUUAUGUCUCUACAAGCCACGGAAGCCACCGUCGUGACCCUUGGGGAGGACAGCUUAAUCAUCAGGGAGGAGCAAGUGCCCAUGGAGCUGGUGCAGCGUGGCGACAUCAUCAAGGUUGUCCCCGGGGGCAAGUUCCCAGUGGAUGGCAAAGUCCUGGAAGGCAGCACCAUGGCCGACGAGUCCCUCAUCACAGGAGAGGCCAUGCCAGUCACGAAGAAGCCCGGAAGCACGGUGAUCGCCGGGUCCAUGAAUGCCCACGGCUCUGUGCUCAUCACGGCCACGCACGUUGGCAAUGACACCACCCUGGCGCAGAUCGUGAAGCUGGUGGAGGAGGCUCAGAUGUCCAAGGCACCCAUUCAGCAACUGGCUGACCGGUUUAGUGGAUAUUUUGUCCCAUUUAUCAUCAUCAUUUCAACUUUGACGUUGGUGGCCCCCAGCAAGCACAUCUCCCAGGCAGAGGUGAUCCUCCGGUUUGCGUUCCAGACGUCCAUCACGGUGCUGUGCAUCGCCUGCCCCUGCUCCCUGGGCCUGGCCACGCCCACGGCCGUCAUGGUGGGCACCGGGGUGGCCGCCCAGAACGGCAUCCUCAUCAAGGGAGGCAAGCCUCUGGAGAUGGCCCACAAGAUAAAGACUGUGAUGUUUGACAAAACUGGCACCAUUACCCACGGGGUCCCCAGAGUCAUGCGGGUCCUCCUGCUCGUGGAUGUGGCCACGCUGCCCCUCCGGAAGGUGCUCGCGGUGGUGGGGACUGCGGAGGCCAGCAGCGAGCACCCGUUGGGCGUGGCAGUCACCAGAUACUGUAAGGAGGAACUUGGCACAGAGACCUUGGGAUACUGCACUGACUUCCAGGCGGUGCCCGGCUGUGGGAUCGGCUGUAAAGUCAGCAACGUGGAGGGCAUCCUGGCCCAGGGUGAGCCCCCACGGGGCCAACCAACCACUCACCCGAAUGGAGGCAGCAGCGUCCCCACGGAAACAGAGGCGGCCCCGCAGACCUUCUCUGUGCUGAUCGGAAACCGAGAGUGGAUGAGGCGCAACGGCUUGACCGUCACCAGCGACAUCAGCGACGUGAUGACGGAUCACGAGACCAAGGGCCAGACGGCCAUCCUGGUGGCCAUCGACGGUGUGCUCUGUGGCAUGAUCGCCAUCGCGGACGCGGUCAAGCAGGAGGCCGCCCUGGCCGUGCACACGCUGAAGAGCAUGGGCGUGGACGUGGUUCUGAUCACGGGGGACAACCGCAAGACAGCCAGGGCCAUUGCCACCCAGGUUGGCAUCAACAAAGUCUUUGCAGAGGUGCUGCCUUCUCACAAGGUGGCCAAGGUCCAGGAGCUCCAGAACGAGGGGAAGAGAGUGGCCAUGGUGGGCGACGGGGUGAACGACUCCCCGGCCCUGGCCCGGGCUGACGUGGGCAUUGCCAUCGGGACGGGCACGGACGUGGCCAUCGAGGCGGCUGACGUCGUCCUCAUCAGAAAUGACUUGCUCGACGUGGUGGCCAGCAUUCACCUCUCCAAGAGGACCGUCUGGAGGAUACGACUCAAUCUGGUGCUGGCGCUGAUCUACAACCUGGUCGGGAUCCCCAUUGCAGCAGGUGUCUUCAUGCCCAUCGGCGUCGUGCUGCAGCCGUGGAUGGGCUCGGCGGCCAUGGCCGCCUCCUCCGUGUCCGUGGUCCUCUCGUCCCUGCAGCUCAAGUGCUACCGGAAGCCGGACCUGGCGCGGUACGAGGCGCAGGCGCAGGGCCGCAUGAAGCCCCUGACCGCGUCCCAGGUCAGCGUGCACAUCGGCAUGGACGACCGGCGGCGCGACUCUCCGCGGGCCGCGCCCUGGGACCAGGUCAGCUACAUCAGCCAGGUGUCCCUGUCUUCCCUCAAGUCCGACAAGCUGUCCCGGCACAGCGCCGCGGCCGACGACAGGGGGGACAAGUGGUCUCUGCUCCUCAACGACCGGGACGAGGAGCAGUGCAUCUGAAAGCGGCGGGCGGGCGCGGCCCCCGCCCGGCCCCCCUCCCCGUGGCCCAGGCGCCAGUCCAGCAGCAGCGCAGCAGGUGGCGGGGCCCCUCGCCAGCCCUGGACGUUCUAGAUCAGCCCUCGCUGCGGCCCGUGGACCACGCUGCUUGAGUCCCACGGGCUCGGGGGGAGGGGCGAGGGGGAGGCAUCCUCACCCGUGCUGCGGGCUCGUGGGAAACCCUGCUGGCCUCCCGAAGAGGAGGGACAGCUAGCCCUCCGCACAUCCUCUGCCUUAGCGUUUGGGAUGACCGCGUGUGAAACGAGGAUGAUCUCAUCGGGUCCGGAAACUUGGCUGGGUCUGUCCACAGAACUCAUAAAAACCUCGGGGUCCAGCUCUUGUUGAUGACCCCGUGUGCAUCGUGUGUCUGAGACCACCAUUUACCUCAAGCGCGCCUGGCUUUUCUACUGGCACUGUUUCUUCCUUCUCUGUCCUUGAUGCUGGGGGUGUGGCACCCCAUCGUCUAAGGGCAGGGCCGACAUCCUGGCAUCCCCGCGGCUGCUCUCCAGGGGGCUCAUGUGCUCCUGCCUGAACCCCUCGCCCAGAGAAGCCCACCACGCUUCUCCUUGGGUGGCGAGAGGUCUUUGUUGCUUAUGAGCCACUUCUCUGUGAAGUCCUGGCUUCUCACUCCGCAGAAUCCAGUGCUGUUGCUGACUGUCGCUGCCCGGCUGGAGUGAGGGUCCCCGAGUCUGAGACUUGAGAAAUGCGGCUUCUUGGGGGGUCCAGGUGGACCUGGGGAGGUAUGUGGUGCAGGAACCUUCCUGCCUGGUUCCAGGGGCUUCCGUUACAUGGCCUGCUGUGUGACUGUCACCUCACAGGGUCCAGUGUGGGAUUCAGGUUGUUGCCGUGCAGCUCCGGGGAAAUGAUACCCAAAUAAGAGAGGAAAUCCCAGUCCUCCACGCGCUUUGACUUCUGCACUGGGAACUGGUGCCUUAGGAUGGGGGUGACCACAGCUUCCCAAGGGAACAUCUGUUUCUAACUUUAAGUGGCCUUUGUGGUUGCACGACUUCGGAGGGGCAGCAGUGGGACCUGUG